UGGAUCGUGAACCUGGCCAGACUGAAGCCGUUUGCUUGCGGGGAGUGUGUUUCAAUUUCAAGCAAGCGGCCUCACCCGAGGGCGCUGUACACACGGUUGAGGAGCUUUCGCAGCUCUUGAGCCCAAUGCACGGCGUUUGCACCUCCAUGCUUCGAUGACACGCACGCAACACUGGCAGGUCUUGUGUAUGGCGAUGUGCAGUGUGUGCCUGUACUGGUAUAGCAUGAAUCUUCUGGCGCACACGUCACGCGUAACAGUACAGACGUGUGGUAUGACUUGUGCGCAGCUCGUGGACGGCGAGUCCUUGCGGGCCUUCGCGCACCGUCAGCCCUGCCACAAGCUCUCAGAGCAGGCUGCGCGGUCAUACUACCGGCAGGUUGUGGAUGGCGUGAACUAUUGCCAUGACCAACUAGUGGCGCAUCGAGAUCUGAAGCUUGAGAACCUCUUGCUUGAUAGGAGCCGGGAGUGUGUGAAGAUCAUCGACUUUGGCUUUGCAGCCCACGUUCCGAGCAGAGACACGAAGCUGAAAGCCUUUUGUGGCACUCCGUCGUACAUGGCGCCGGAAAUUAUCCGUGGAGAGGGCUACUCAGGCUUUGCAGCCGAUGUUUGGGCGCUUGGCGUUGUGCUUUUUGCCCUUCUUUUGGGCACGCUCCCAUUUGCAGCGAAGACCGAGAUGCAGCUCUAUGCCAGAAUCCGGCGGGGGACCUUCUCGUUCCCUGAGUGCGUAGGGGAGACCCAGAAGAGGCUCAUCAAGGGUGUUAUGAGGAAGGAUGCCUGCGACAGGCCAUCCGCCGCCGCACUGCUGCAACAUGCAUGGGUGGCGGGCAGGGACUUCAUAGAGAAUGUCGACCCCGCAAGUGCAUCUACUUGUCAGAUAAGCCCAAGGCCAGUCAAGAUAGCCACCUCUGCGAUCAAAACUUCAGGAAGGCCACAGACAGCGCCAACGCAUGCGGGCCAUUUCGAGCUGGUACGAAAGGUGGGGAUAGCUCGAGGCACAACUGCUUUUGGUGGCAGUUGAGCGAUGGCACACCAAUGCUCGGCGAAUGUUUGAUGGAGUGCUGAGCUGCAGCAAAUGGCAC